AACGUUCCCAUCCAUCCAUGACGCCGACUCUUGAUAUCGCCGUCUGUCCACUGAGUGAAUAAUUCCAUCCUUCCUGAAUUCGAAUCCACGGGAAAAUGCAAAACGAUCUGUCCGCUUUUCAUAUUUUCAGUGAUCAGGUAACUGCGUAACCUUGUGGAGCAGGUGUUUUUCCGAGCGACGACCGUGACGAACUGCGGUUGACCCUUGAUAUCUUUUUUCUCUUUUUACCCACCAGCAUAUGCGCCUCGCUUUGGGACAUUCUUUUCAGCGCACGCCACGAUUUCCUAGGUCUGCUGGGCUGGUUUUACUUGUUUCUUUGCUUGCGGGUGUACUCUUUCAUCCUCGCGCUCUCCUUUGUACUGGAUACGGGAGGAAUUGGCGUCGACUAGCGGACUCGGCUUCGGAUGUUGGUCAUGAUUGCCAUGCUGGAGAUUCGGCACUUGUAGAUUCAAACUGUCAUGGUUUUGACUCCUGUCAGAAUAAUGCUGCCCAACUCUGGCAGAUGGUCUCGACUACAAAAGGAUUCUUUGCGAGGGAUUAUAGCUUGCAUCUAGGGUGGAAUAAUGUCUCUCUACUUCAAGCCAGGGUUCUGCAAGCGGACCUCUCAUUCUUCCCUUCGUUCGUUAAUGUCUGCGGCGACUACGCGACUAUGGUCAGGAAAGGAGACGUAAUGAAGAGUAACGAGUGGGAGUGGAAAGAUCUCCCCGUGGAGCAACAAAUGGCAUGGGUCAUCCCUAUCGAGUUCAUGCUCAACAUUACCCACCUCCGGAGGUACCAACCUGUCGUGACUGUCGCGGAAUAUCUUCAUUUGCAUGGGUACGACCACCCGGAGGUUGUCGAACGCGAUGGUCGAUGGUUGAGAGACGCGUAUCAUGCGCCCAACCUCAAGAAUGUGUUUACUGGGAAGGUUCCUUCACUAUAUGCCAUUGAGAGUGAGUUUUAUGAUCCGAAGGAGAUAGUGAGAGUUGAUGAGCUCUCGGAGGAUGUAAAAGCGAGGAUGUCGUCGACCGUUAUGGAGGUCAAUGGGAAGGUCAAUGAGAAGUUACGGGAAGCAUUACCGGAGAACAAACUUGUGCUUGACUGGGACACGGCCAAGUCCAUCUUGGAUAUAUCCGACAGGGAAGAGCUUGAGACGGUCGUGACGGAGAAUGGCUGGGAAGUCGUUCAUACGUUCCAACCUGUUAUUGGUAUGGAUUUCGUCAAACCCGUCGUUGCUCCUACGAAGCAGGUAGUCCCUCGGUCUGCGCUUCGAGGGUUCCGAGACGAUUUCGAUGGACACACGGAAGACGUUGUAUUACUCGCCGGUGAAGUGCACCAUGAUCGAAAGCCGGGCGGCAUGCGCUUUACGACCCGUUCUAGCCUCGACGAGUUCGCAGAAAUGAUUCUGCACGGUAUAAGACCGACCGAAGCUGUGCUGUCGUUGGUUGAUAUCAUGGUGGAUCGAAUGUAUUAUCUGACUGGUGAUCGCUUAUUUAUGGGUGCGCACAUGCGUCGGGGUGAUUUUGUGGACUACAACAUGGUGAUGGAGAAAAGCCCUGAGGCGCAUAUCGCGCGAGUGAAGCAGCAUUUAAAUAAGGGGAGAGGGCUGUUAGCUUCCAUGGGCCCAAAGAAUUAUGAGGUCGUGAGCCGAAGGCCGCCAUUACAUGAUGACUGGUUCUAUGUCGCAACAGACGAACGGAAUACUACCACAUUAGAAGCGUUCCAAGCUGAAGGGGCCGUUUUCAUGAAUGAUCUUCUUACUAUCGAGGAGAGGAGAGGGGAGCUUCAUUGGCUGUUGAUGCUCACAGAUUUUCGCGGGGUCGUGGAGCAGGUCAUGUUAUCGCGAGCAGCGUACUUUUAUGGUCACGCUAUGAGCUCUGUUGUUGGAGGUGUUAUGAACUUACGAGCAGUGAGAGGAGCGGACCCACGUACCACGGAUGUGGAUUAGAUCACUUAUAGUUCUAUCUAUCUUAGAGAUAAAUAAUUAGACAUCAUUAAGUAUCAUGGGUGCAUUAAAUUUCCCCCAUAUGUCUCUUUAUCAUACCGUUCGUUUGUAUCACCAGGCAUGGCACAAAACUUCGUGCCGAGUCAGAAUAUGCACUCUUCCCUCCCUCGAG